GCUAGAGCUGCAGGCUGCAGCCGUCAGCCGCACCCGAGGCCGAGAGCCCAGAGCCGAGAGGCGAGUUGGGCGGCUGUGCUGGCCGGCCAUGGCGAAGCCAGGCGGCAGCGAUGAGUCGUGGGAGUACAGUCUGCGCAAGUAUCUCCUGCUGCUGGCCACGCUGGUGGCCACGGUGACGUACGGUGCGGGGUUCAACCCCCCAGGCGGCGUCUGGCAGACUGCCGACCCCGCCGUCGACCGCAUCGCCGGCGACCCCAUCAUCCGCGACACGAACUACGCCCGCUACCUGUCCUUCUUCUACAGCAACGCCACCGCCUUCGCCUCGUCGCUCGUGGUCAUCGUCCUCGUCCUCAUCCUGUCCGUGCUGCACGACAACGGGGGAAUCACCAUGCUCGCGCCGCUGCUCGGCGUCCUCCGGGCCGUCAUGGUGCUGGACCUGCUCAGCCUCAUGGGCGCCUACGCGGCGGGGACGUUCCGGGACACGCUCACGGCGGUCUACUCCCUGGUGCUGUCGGCCGGCGUCGUCGCCUACCUCGUGGCCCACCUGGCCCUGGCCUCGAGGGCGCCGGCGGCCGAGGACAAGAGGGGGCAGAGCGCGCCGGAGCGGCUCCGCAAGGUGCUCAUGCUCCUCGCCACGUUCGCCGCGAGCGUCACGUACGUCGCCGGCCUCAGCGCGCCGGGCGGCUUCUGGGACCACUCCGAGGACGGCCACCGCCCGGGCGACGCGAUCCUCAAGGGAGGGCCCCACGACGCGCGCCUCAAGGCCUUCUUCGUCUGCAACACCACGGCGUUCGUCGCGUCCCUGCUCAUCCUCGUCAUGCUCCUGGAGAAGAAGCUCUGCUUCAGCCAGAAGGUGCGCUCCUACGAGAUCUACGGCUUCAUCGCCGUCACGCUCAUCAGCCUCCUGGGGGCGUAUGCUGCCGGCAGCAGCCGCCAGAUCGACACGACCAUCUAUGUGAGCGCUCUUGUUGGUGCUGUUGCCGUGUGCAUUCUCAUCCAAGUGGUUUUCGUUUUGCUCUUCCAAGCAAAUUCGACCGAGGGGCAACAAACACGAACUCAAGGUCCCCUAACAAAUAAUGGCAAUGGCAGUGAUGAGCGUCAGCAGACUCAAGGUCCGCAAACAAGCAUGGACAGUAAUGACAGGGAUGAGCAGCAGCAACAAACCCACGGUCUGCAAACUAGUGAUGACAAUGUCAGUGACCACCACCAGCAGCAGCAACAAACUCAGAGUCCUCAAACUAGCAAUGGCAAUGGCAAUGCCAGCGAUGAGCAUGAGAAGCAACAAAAUCCAGCGCUGGAGAAGGCUCGCUCUCUUGUCCUGCUGCUCGCUACUCUCGCAGCGGCAAUCACCUACCAAGCGGGCCUGAACCCGCCGGGUGGCCUCUGGCAGAGCAACGGCCGCCUCUACAAGAUCGGUGAUCCGAUCCUCUUGACCACGAACCCCAGACGGUACAAGGCAUUCUACUACUGCAACUCCGUCGCCUUCGUCGCCUCCUUGGUCGCCGUUAUGCUGGUUAGGAAGAAGACACUGCACCACCACAACGCGCUGGAGGCCGCCAUGGUACUGGACCUGUUCGGCCUCAUCGGCGCUUACGCCGCCGGGAGCUGCCGGGACGUCAGCACGUCCAUCUACGCCAUGGCCCUUGCAGGCGCCGUGCUGGUCUACGUGGUCAUCCAUGUCGUCUUCUUGACGCUGGACGAAAAGGACGGCAGCAGCGCGAGAAGGAAUGAUGACGCUUCCUUCGAGGAGAGAGAGAAAAAGGAGGCGGGCCUGGUGGAGAAGAGGCGCAAACGACUGCUCCUAUUCGCCAUCUUGGCCGCGACCAUCACCUACCAAGCCGGGCUGACACCGCCGGGCGGCUUUCUGGUCCAGGACGAUAACCGUACCGGCCGCCAUGCCGGCGACGCGGUCCUGCUCAACAACUACCCGCGCCGUUACACGGCUUUCUUCUACUGCAACUCGGUGAGCUUCAUGCUGUCCAUCGCCCUCAUCAUCCUCCUCGUGAACCCCAACCUGUACCGCCCUGCCAUUCGGAGCAAUGCGCUGUCUGUCUGCACGGCGGCCGGGUUGAUUGGAAUCAUGGGCGGCUACGCGGCCGGCUGCACGCAGCAUCUGAAGACAUCCAUCUAUAUCUUCGUGUUGGCGGCCGUGGUUCUGUCCACUGUGGUCUUUCUGGCUGCGGUGUUCCUUGUGAUCCAUCUGAGAAAAAAAGACGAUAAUGCUAACAGCACCAACAGAGCAGCAGCAAGAGAGGCACCUGGGGAAGAACAAGAAGCCAAUGCUGGUGCUGGGGUGCCAAAUGCCAUGGGGGGCGAGCAAAGAGGUCCCCAAGGAGCCAAAGCUCGCCGAAAAGAAAAGAGGGCACACGCCAAGCGCAAGUAUCUGAUGCUGCUUGGAAUCCUCGUGGCGAGCGUGACCUACCAGGCCGGGCUGGCGCCGCCGGGCGGGGCGUGGCAGUCCAACGACGGCACCCACACCGCGGGCGACCCUGUGAUGCACGACUACCGGAGGGCCCGGUACCUUGCCUUCUUCUACAGCAACUCCACCUCCUUCGUGGCGUCCGUGGUCGUCGUCGUGCUUCUGCUGCCGGAGUCGCUGCACAAGAAGUGGUGGUGGCUCGGGGUCAUGAACGCGACGAUCGUGCUGGACCUGCUGGGCCUCUUGAUCGCCUAUGCCGCCGGGUCCAGCAGGACGUGGAAGACUUCUGUGGUUGUUUCCGCUCUCGUUCUCGCUGUGCUCGCCUAUUUCGCCAUACAUGUGCUGCUGUCAAGCUGCGUCAGGAGAGGGAAGAAGACAGCCCCCGACUCUCCGUCUCCGCCCCAGGACCAGGAGAACAGAGAGGAAAACGAAGCGGCAACGAAAGAGGUCGAGCUCCAGGGUCCAGCUUGCUGAAACUGGAGUGUACAGUGCGGAGCUGAAUGUGUGUGCAGUCCAGUACUUGUAGAUUUUUUUUUCACGACCGUGUUGUCGCAUUUUUUUUUUUUGUCAAGAGGUGUAGUGUUUUUGUUGAUCCACGUAGCGGGCGGGAACGAUUGAUGUGCAAUCAAGUGUUAGAUGUAAGUGUACAAACAAGUCUGCGUGCAAGCGAGGCUUCUCUGUCUUUUUAGAUCAUGUAGUCUUCGCGUGGGUCAUAAAUGACUUCACGGGUUUGGAACAGUCUUACUGAAUAUCAGCGUACCUGAUGACUGGAUAU